CUCUUUCUUGCUUGGUGAUGAACAGAGAUCUUGUUUGGGAGAGAGUGCAGUGAAUGAAAAAUAAUGCAGCACAACAGCUUUUUCCCGGGUUGCAAUUACUUAAACCGUGUGACAUUACUACUACUGAUGCAAGAACCGGCUAUCGUUUGUAUCCUGUACAAGACAUUGAUUCGGUCUUAACCAAUGGAGGACACGGAUCAUCAGAUGUGAAUGUUGAUGAUACAUUCUCCCUCUACUGUUUGGUGGAAUUUGUUUCAGACAGUUGAAGGAAACACUGAAGCACACCAUGCUUGUGCAUGAAUCCGUCUUUGAAAGCCAGAUCCACGAGCUUCAUCGUCUGUAUCAAAGGCAGAAGGAACUGAUGAUGGAAAUGGAGGGAAGUCGACAACAAGACGAGGAGGAGGCCUUGUACCUUAAUUCUAGUGUCCCUAGCCCUACAACACACUGGAUGAGCUCAAGCGUCUCCAUUUAUCAAACUAGGAACUUUCCUUGUGAACAACAACUCAUGCCUAAUCAACUGACAGAGAUGAAUCUGGAGGAUCAUCACAAGACAGCAGUCUCCAGCAUUGUCCUUAAAAAGCAGAAGAGGAGGAGCUAUGUCAAGGGGAAACGCAAAAGUGACCACCAACAUAUAUUUUCAGAAUGCGAAGCCAAGGAGGAUCUGCAGGUAAAGUUAGAUGAAGUUUCUGACCAAGAAGGGGACUGCAUGGUAGUCCUCAAGAAGAACAGAAGAAGCAAACCGAUAGAGGCUUUCACUUGGGGAGCCAAGAGCAAGCGAAGAAGACGAGGCUCUAGAAUUCCUGCUCUUGAUUUUCAGCCUAUGAUCAUCGACCAAUAGUAUAAUAAGCAAAACUAAAGAGGUGACUACAAUACUUACCAUACUUUGCUUUAUGCUCUUGAGAGAAUCAAGAAUCUUAUUGGAGAUGGAGUUUUGCAACAAGUCUACAAAGGAGAAUCAAAGAUCCCUAAACUUUUUGAGGGUAUUUCUUGGGGGUCGAGCUAGCUUUAUAUCUAGUUCAUCAAAAGAAGAUAAUGACUGUGUUUAAACAAUAGUUGGUGCUCAAGAAAUUGUGUACAUAGUUGAGCAGAGCCAACUCGAAGUUCAUUACUUUACCUUACGAGUUAUUAGUUCACAGAUUCCAAAACGAGUCCCAUAA